CAGUCGCAGUCGGUGAUCUCACGUGUGCACUGGCAUUUGUUUUGAAUAUUUUAAUUACACAAUUAUUUUCACGCCACAGUAUUGAAAUGUCUUCAGCACACAUGCUUGCAUAUUCUCGGUAAACAAACAAGUGUCACUUCGUCUCUUAAUGCGUUAACGUUACAUCAAUGUGUUGUGUAAGUUCUUAGCGAGUUAGCUAACAGACAUCGGAACCGAUCGACUCAAGUACAGCACGGGAUUUUAAAUGCUCCUUUCGCUUAAUCAAAUCAGUUCAUAAGACUAAAAUGGCUUUAAGAUUAGCUUUGGUUGGAGCUUUACGUUAUAUCGGCUCCAGGACGAGUGUAGUUGGUGCACGACGACUGUUCUGCUCUCAAAAGACAGGACAAGAAUCUUCUGAUACUAUAAGGGUGCUGUAUGAUGGAGAAUGCCCAAUAUGUGUUAAAGAAAUUAGCUUGCUUCAGUUUCUUGAGAGAAAUAGAACGGGAAAAGUAGAUUUUGUGGACAUCUCACUGCCAGCGUAUGAUGGGAGCAAAUAUGGAGUCAGUUAUGAGAUGGCAAUGGAGGAAAUGACGGUAAUUGAUGAGAAGAACACGAUUCAUCGUGGAGUUCCAGCUUUCACAGUGAUGUACAGUGCAGUGGGUUUGGGUUGGCUUGGCACGUUCAUCUCUCUCCCACUGGUCAGGCCUAUAAUGGACCGAGCCUAUGGGGUGUUUGCAAGAAACAGACUGAAGUGGACCGGCAGAGAGGGCUGCACCACUGGACGCUGUGCUAAAAAAGAGACAUAAGGAACAAAGCGCUUUAAAACUAAUUUUCCAGGUCAAUGGAUGUAGUGAAGUGAAGUGACAUGUGGCCAAGUAUGUUGACCCAUACUCUGAAUUAAUGCUCUGCAUUU